AUGCCUGAAGGCAAAAAAGUGUUCUGUUCCUCCGGAUUCCGUGGGAAAGGCUUCCAAUUCGACGAGGCUGAGGCACAACUUACUAACGAGCGCAAGCGCUUCCAAAAGGCGGCUUUCGGAGUCGAAGAUUCAGAUGAGGAAGAUGGCGAAGGUGGAGGGGACCCGGGAUCCGUUGAUUGGGAUGCUAAGAUCGAAGACAUGUUUAACACUAAACGUAAAGUCACUGAUGUUUCCAAGUCCUCAGUCCAGGCGCAAUUAGUCCAACAUAAAGUUCAAAUUCCAAUUCCUCAGUCUCUUGCUGAAGGGUGCUUUAACACUAUUUCCUUUCGGGACAUGCUUUUGUUCAUUCCUGUACAUUCUUAA